AUGUAUAGAUCUUUAGCAGGACCGGCAGCCGACCGCUCAGGACCAGGGAUCGAGAUCCCUGGUCCUGAGCGGUCGGCUACCGAGUUAGCGGUACAGCCGUCGUCUGAUGAGUAUGAGCCGAUGAGUCAAUUGCUUUGGAUUGGAGGCAGGCAAGAUCCAAGCACCAAAAAAUGGUCAUGGUCUGACGGGGAACCUUGGUCCUAUACGAACUGGGACCUUGGUGAGCCGAACAAUUCAAGGGCCAGGAGCACUGCGUACAGAUGUACAACACAAUUUCGCCUAUCUACCCUAGCUUGCCCUGCGUUGGUUGUGCGAAAUCGCGAGACGGCAUCCGGGACCAAUCUAGCCUGCUCCACAGCAGUUUUGAACGGAGAAGUGGGACGAUAUAGCGGCACUUGGCCAGGAACACAGUAUCCAGUAGUAAGUGCACACUUGUUCUCUAACAUUCAUCCUACACUUGACUCUUAUCCUUUAGCUUUAGCGUUACGGUCUCAGGGACCUUUGUGCACUUCAUUCAUGGCUCUUGGGUAG